AUGCCGCCCGAUAAUUUCAGCAUAGGGCAUGGUGUCUUGGAAGAUGAACUUGCAACGAAGAAAGAUGAUGAUGACGAUGCGAUUCUUCGGGCAAAUGGCCACGAAGCCGCCAUGCCUCGUCAAUUCGACUGGACCUCGGCACUUGGCCUUGGAUUUUCAAUCACGAAUUCUUGGAUUGGGUAUUUGAGCUGCUUUGGUCAAGGAUUGAUUUAUGGAGGUCCACAGACAUGCAUCUUCAGCUUACUAGUUGCGUUCUUCGCCCAGUGCGCUGUCGCUAUCGGGCUAGGAGAGCUAGCUUCUGCCUAUCCGUCAAGUGGGGGACAAUACCAUUUCUGCUAUAUCCUCAGUCCCGCAAAGACGAGAAAUUACGCUGCGUACACUGUUGGUUGGAUAUCGAUGCUUGCCUGGUGGAUUGUGACAUGCUCGGGUAUCUCUCUCGGGGCCGCAGUUCUCAACGGUAUUGUGGCUUUUUGCUAUCCUAGCUAUGCUGGAAACCAAUGGCAAACAUAUUGUAUAUAUGUGGCUGUUUCCACAAUCACCAUGAUUCCGGUUUUCUUCUCUGCUAGAAUGCAUGCUAUGGCUCAAUUGUCUCUCUAUCUUUCAUUGGCUGGGUAUCUAAUAUUUUUCAUUGUUGCACUCGUAAUGCACAAGAGUCGGAUGCCGACUUCCUUCUUGGUGGAGUCCGGACUGGGAAACAGUGGUUGGAGUCCGGGUACAGCAUGGCUACUCAGUAUUAGUAAUUCCAUGUACGCCUUUGGCGGUAUUGAUGGAGUCAUCCAUAUCUCCGAGGAGAUGCCCAGGCCAGGAAAGCGCAUUCCUCAACUCAUGAUCUUGACUAUGCUCAUUGGCCUUUUUACCGCAUUCUCUCUUUUUGUCGUUCUCAUGGUAUUUCAAAUUGAUAUGGAUGCCGUACGAACUGCACCACUUCCAAGUCUUGAGUUAAUCUAUCAAGUAACCGGAAGUAGAAACGUCACUCUUGGUCUCUUUAUUCUCUUAUUCGUGAUCUACACUUCCCGAAGACUCAUGCGGUUAACAAAAAGCUCAGCGUGUCUGCCAUCUCAGUGGGUGACCGCCGGACGCAUUGCAUGGGCAUUUGCCCGAGAUAAUGGGGUCCCUUUCGCGAACUUCUUCUCUCGUAUUCAUCCCAAAUUGCAGUUUCCACUCAAUGCAACAAUAGCCGCAUACAUCUUUACUUGUAUUUAUGGGCUUCUUUAUUUGGCGUCAACAACAGCCUUCAAUUCAAUUAUCACAUCGGCUGUCCUCUUCCUGAACAUAUCAUAUACGGUACCUCAAAGCAUCUUGCUGGUUCGUGGCCGCAAUGUUCUGCCUCGUCGACCGGUCAAUCUUGGCUGGUUGGGGUUAUUUUGCAACAUAUUUUCGACCCUCUGGAUUGUUCUGCUAGGUGUUUUGAUUUGUAUGCCUCCAAAUCUCCCUGUCUCGCUCCAGUCCAUGAACUAUACCCCUGUGAUUUUGGUGGGAGUUUUUGUUAUCAUCAACUCAAUUUGGCUUUUCUCUGGCAGGGCCUCUUUUGAAGGGCCGCGUAUCGAUUGGGAGGCGAUGAAGCAAGCUGAGCAGGAUUGA